AAAGGAGGUGAAAAUAAUAUGGCCAUCGCACUUGACACUGAGCAUCACCUUCAAAUAAAAUCAGAAUGUUUACCGAGAAUACAGCCGACUUUGAUGUGCCCUGAUUCGAUCCUGCUGCCAAAAGUUCUGCAAAUGUGCCUAGUUCUAACCCUGGUUUACUGCACUGCCUUCUUCUUGUUGGGGAAAACCGCUGCCCCUCCGUCAGGAUCGUUGUUUCAGUUUAUCACUCUCAUCGCCGUUGCGUUAACAUUUGGAAAGGCCUUUGAAUUCGUUGAUAUUCCUCCGCUGAUUGGAAUGCUGCUUGCUGGCAUCCUGCUCAAAGAAGUCGGUUUCAUCAACUUUGGAUCUGAAUACAAGGAAGCUAUUUUGUCGCUCAGGAAAAUCUCCAUUACCGUGAUAUUGAUUAAAGCAGGACUGUACUUGAAUCCUGAGGUGAUGAAACGGCUGAGCUGGAUUGUGUUGCGACUUGCUUUCGCUCCGUGUUGCGUCGAGGCAGUCACUUGCAUGGCUGUUGCAUAUUUAAUUCUCGAUCUACCCCUUCUCUGGGGUCUCUUGAUGGGAUUUGUCAUUGGAGCAGUGUCUCCUGCAAUUUUGGUGCCUUCUUUGCUGAAAUUGGAAAAGGAGGGGUACGGAUCGAAAAGCGGAAUUCACACUUUAGGAAUCGCGGCCUCCGGCAUUGACGACAUCCUGGCCAUAACCAUGUUUGGAAUCAUUCUAGGACUGAUAUUCGAUGCUGGCACCUUUUUGAGCGAUAUAAUCAAGGGACCAGUAGGAGUUUUAGCUGGAGUAAUUAUAGGCGUUUUGUACGGGCUAAUCCUGAUUUAUGUUCCUCAUAAAUCCGAGAAAAACGUGGUGUUCUACAGGGUUUUCCUCCAGCUUGCUGGCGGCAUUGUGUGCAUUUUCGGCAGCCACGCCAUCGGCUUUGACGGUGCAGGGCCGCUCGCUUGCAUGGUGUCCACUUUCGUCGCCACCUGUGGCUGGAGUGCCGCUGGCCAAGACCCUGCGGCUCUUAAAUCGGUGACGACGACCUUCUCCGGCAUAUGGUACAUUUUCGAGCCCGUCCUCUUCAGCGUCAUCGGAACCGAAAUUCAUCUGUCUCGCCUUAGUGGACGCAUUGUGCUGCAAUGCUUGGCUGUGCUGCUUCUAGCUCUGAUGAUCAGGCUGCUUGUGGCUUUCCUCGUCACCGCAGGAGGCGUAUUUGAAAGGAGAGAAAGGUUUUUCUUGGCAAUUGCCUGGAUGCCGAAAGCCUCUGUCCAAGGUUUGCUCGGCCCCAUCGCUCUUGAGAUGGCAACCAAACAAAACGACGACCAAGCUGGCAUGCGAGGAAAUAUUGCAAGUUCAUGA